AGCGACAGCACGCCGGACAUCAUUCCCAAACGCGCCUGCGCAAAUGCGCCAAAGUCUAGCGGCGCGAGCGGCUCGAGUUCUACCUUGCGCGGCCGUGAUCGGCUUUCCCACAGUAACCCGUAGUGAUUGGUGCUCUUCUCUAUGGUCCAUCCGCCCCAUCAGGGAUAGGAAGACAAAUUACUACAUUUGCGUAGUUAAGACCACGUGAGCAGUCUGCUGGGGUAACGGGAUCGCGCCGCCCAAGAUGGCGGUGACGCGGUACCGGCGCUUCUUGAAGCUUUGCGAGGAGUGGCCCGUGGAGGAAAGCAAGCGUGGGCGUGACUUGGGCACUUUAUUGCGGCAGCGAGUGGCUCAAGCCUUCCGGGAGGGAGAGAACACGCAGAUUGCUGAUCCAGUGACUUGUGAUGAAAUGUAUGAGAGUCUAGCUAGAAUCCAUACCAACUAUUAUAAAAACAAGUAUCCACGCUUGAAAGAUACCAGCUUCACUGGAGUGACAGUGGAAGAAUGCAAGAUGGUCCUUGCAUCAGAUAGUUUGAAACAGAUGGAAGAAGCAAAUAAAGGAAAAUGGACCAAACUGCGUGAGAAAUUCUCUGCCAAGCUUCCUGAAGAGGAUUCCAAGUGAUAAUUUUAGUGUUUAUAAGUCACUGUAUUUUGCCUGUAUAGAUAAACCUUCUUAAAACAGUGUGUUCUUCACUUACAAA